UGACUUGAAGGGGGACAUUGGUUUUUGUAAUGCCUUUUGACCUUCAGGCUUUUGGAUUUGGUCACCCUUUCUGCUGGGUCAUCUUCCUAAAGCUGGCUGUGGGUCACCGGGUGACAUACCUCUGGUGCCAUGGUGAUGACCGCACAAACCUGCGUGUCAUUGUGAAGCCACUGUCUGCCAGGUGACCACAGAAACAGAAUGUCAGAAGGAGACAGUAUCGGAGAAUCAGUACAUGGCAAGCCCUCGCUGAUAUAUCGCUUCUUCUCGCGGCUAGGGCAGGUUUACCAGUCAUGGCUAGACAAGUCUACACCUUACACAGCAGUGCGAUGGUUGAUGACCCUUGGCCUAAGUGCACUCUACAUGAUAAGGGUUUAUAUACUACAGGGCUGGUAUAUAGUAACGUAUGCCUUGGGUAUCUACCAUCUAAAUCUCUUCAUAGCAUUCUUAUCGCCGAAGGUAGAUCCGUCCUUGCUGGAAGAUUCAGAUGAGGGGCCUUCAUUACCCACAAAACAGAAUGAAGAGUUUCGUCCGUUUAUCCGGAGGCUGCCAGAGUUUAAAUUUUGGCAUUCGGCCACUAAAGGGAUCGUUGUGGCGAUGGUGUGCACUUUCUUCGAAGCAUUCAAUGUCCCUGUAUUCUGGCCAAUCCUGGUCAUGUAUUUCAUCAUGCUUUUCUGCAUCACCAUGAAGAGACAAAUAAAGCACAUGGUUAAGUACAGAUACAUCCCAUUCACACACGGCAAGCGGAAAUACAAAGGAAAGGAGGAAACCGGCAAGCCAUUUUCCAGUUAGAAGAAACUGUCGCCUUCUUUAUGACUUUCUUAUGUAAAAAUUAAAUCAACAAAAAAAAGGAAAAAAAAAACAGUUUUGAGCCAUUGUAACAAUGCCUUUUUAUCCAUAUAAGCAUAGGUGAUUUUAAAGGAUCCUAACAGAGAUGGUAGCCCGCCCGUUCUUUCCCGCUGAGGAUGUUCUACCUUUCCACUACACACAACGUACCAUCACAGCGCUGUCCAGUGCGCUUGCGCCAUUCAGUUGGGCUGCUAAAAUGGAUCAGAUUGUGCUAUACACUCAAAAAUAAAGAAACAAUGGCAACCUCGCACUCUAGCGGCAGCCAUUUUGACGCUCACACUGA